AUGCCGAAACGCACGCUUUUCACCAACAUUACCCCUCUUCCUCCUCAGGUCUCGCGCGAGGUGGCGAUUGCCAUGCUUCACAAUCACGAUGAAAUGAUAGAGCUGAACCCGCUGGUCAUCGAACAUCACCCGAUCAAAACUCCCAGAGAUGCUCCGGCCGACGAAUUCUUGGACUGCGCAUGGCAACAGCUGACGGACAAGAUCCAUUACCUGCCUGGAGGCAUCGUCAAAGGGAAAGUCAGCUACAAGGCUUGCUUUCAUGACACUCCAUAUGGGCUCCAGACACACAUUUAUGCUCCUAUGGGGCUGGAUAUCCGGGAAAAAUGGUCGAUUGGAGGGUCCCUACCUGGGGAGCCUCCGGAGCCGCGAGAACUUGGUGUGGAUGUGCCACGAACAGGCCUUUACCUCCGCGAAGAUGGGGACAUGAGGUGCAACAUGCUCUUGACUUCAUUUGUUCGCAAGAACCUCGACAACUCACACAAAGUCCUGGUUGAGCGUAUUCUCAAAAAGGCCGAGCGCGUUGAGGAACAAGUCCAGACCUUGGGGGCGCCCAUGACCCCGGUUCCCGAAACCCCUCGAUUCCAAUCCGGCUCUCACAUGUCGAAUUCGCAAAUCCUCAAUACACCCGCCAUCUACCAAAGACCCCUCUCUCCUCAGAUGCUGUCGCCGCAGCAAGACUUGGGCUGGCAGACAAUGGCGCUUCACCCGGCAUUCCGGCCCGAUGACAAGCGAAUGAGCACCUACAGCCUACCUCCAUACCAAGCCAAUGCCCAACAACAACGGAUGAGUUAUUACGCGCCGCUGAAGCAACCCGAUCCGCCCAAACAAUUCCUGGCCGAGCUGCCUGGUUCGACGUAUCACACAGGCCACCUUGCCCCACCUGCCUGCGAUACUCCUCCUUUGGAUCACCGAAUGAGCAUGGUGUCUGAACUGUCUGGGUCUGACGGAACGCUCAUGGGCUCACCAAAUCUGCAGGCUCAAUCCGACCAGGCUAGCCUGGUGGCAGAGAAUUUUCAGGUCCGGAGGCUGAGUGCAAAAGACUACUCGCAGGAUGGUGCCCCGUCGAUCGCGUCGGGUGCAUCAGGACAUCGCAGUGGUUCGGACCGGACAAGCGUCAUCUCUGAAUUACCCUCAUCACUGUAUACGGAGAACAGGUAUUACCAGGCUCCAAGGUCUUGA